GGAAGUGGACCAAGUCCUUCUCUCUUCCCUCUUCACCCUCGCCUUGACUGGAGAAGAAGUAAAAAGACAGGAGGUGCACAAACUAAAGAAAGAAAGAGUAGCAAGAAGAAGCAUCGCGCGGUUCAAGCUCCGCGCGCCAUGCCGUCUGCGCUCCACGCCGCCUGACGCGCCUCCACUCGCCGCCUCCCUCAGCACGUCCUCUCCUCCACCUCGAACAUGAAGACAACGCGCAAGUGUCGCGCUCUUCUGUCCGUGGCCCUGAACCUGGUGGCGCUGCUCUUCUCCACCACGGCCUUCAUCACCACGUACUGGUGCGAGGGCACGCAGCGAGUGCCCAAGCCCAACUGCAGCGCGCAGCGGCGCCACAACUGCAUCGAUUAUGGCGUCAACGAGACAGACCAGAGCAAGGUGCACUACAGCUGGGAAACCGGAGACGACCGCUUCCUCUUCAGGAGGUUCCACACUGGAAUCUGGUACUCGUGUGAGGAGAACAUCCACGAGGCAGGUGAGAAGUGUCGCAGCUUCAUUGACCUGGCCCCCGCCUCGGAGAGAGGCGUACUGUGGCUGUCGGUGGUGUCAGAAGUCUUGUACAUCCUUUUGCUGGUGGUGGGCUUCAGUCUGAUGUGUUUGGAGCUCUUCCACUCCAGCAAUGUUAUCGACGGGCUCAAGCUGAAUGCCUUCGCCGCUGUCUUCACCGUGCUUUCCGGUCUUCUAGGAAUGGUGGCCCACAUGAUGUACACUCAAGUGUUUCAGAUCACCGUCAGCCUGGGUCCUGAAGACUGGAGGCCUCACAGCUGGGACUAUGGUUGGUCCUUUUGCAUGGCGUGGGGUUCCUUCACGUGCUGCAUGGCCGCCUCGGUAACCACGCUCAACUCCUACACCAAGACAGUCAUCGAGUUUCGCCACAAGCGCAAACUCUUCGAGCAGGGCCUCCGCGAAGAGCAGAACUUCCUCGACCAGGAGGCCUUCCACUACUUCCGAGAGCGCUCCUUGCAGUCCAUCUCGGGCACACUAGAUGUCUAUCCAGGCCCCGGAAGCCUACCUGGGCCUCCUCCGGAUCCAGGAGCGGAGCGGACCAAGAUGAGGACUGCCUCUGUUGACUUGGGCGAGAACACAGACUCGCUGGGGGAAGAGCAAUGCUGAAGGGUUUCACGAAAGAGGUCCUCCUCCGGGCCAGAACCUGAUUCAGACAUAACAAUGUGAAUGUGCAGCCGCCUUUAUUUUAUUAUAAAAAGACUUGACAAGACAAAUGAAAAUAUGAAUGAAAAUAGACUUGAAUUCUACACUCUGUCUAUAUGUGUAACAAUCUAUAAUUACAACAAUCAAUACACUGUGUGGUGAUAUAAAAAUUCUUGAAAUGUUUUUGUUUCUUUCUUUUGUAGCACAUUUUAAGAUGCUACGUGUAGCAUUUGAAUGUAACUUUUUUUUGGGGGGAAUAUUUAUAUAGAAUUAAUAAGACAUCAGCAGUGAUAUUGUGCCUCCAAAAUUAACAUCAAUCUGUUGGCCAACAUUAGCUAAUAUUAGCCACUGUCAUACUAGGAGUGCAUUUUUGUUUUAUUACCUUUAGGUGUUUCUGUGUUUAUUUAUACUUUUAAACCAUUUUACAAAUAAACAAUACAUUUUUUUUGCCUUUUAAACAGAAAAUGUUUACGAAUACAAUAACCAUCGUCAAGACAAAUAGCUAACAUUAGAUAUGCUUUGCCACCACAGAUAUACAACGGAUGCAUUUAAAAAGUAAUCUUGGUUUAAGUAGUACUUUUAGGCACCUCUAUGUUUAUUUAUAUGCUUCGAAACAUUUUAUAAAUGAUGAACUGUAGACUUCUUGUAUCGUAACCACAACAUCGCUAAUAUACCGGCCGUCAUUACAUUAUCCAACAUUAGCUACAGUUAGCCACAGAUAUCCCAAUUAAAAUGUUUUCAAUUAGUUUUUCAGAUCUCAGUGUUUGAUUUUCAUAAAUAAUGAUGGGAAAAAUUUUAUUACUUGGUGGCUCAU